CAGUACUACUGCUGCCGCUUCGCCCGGUGGGGUGAUAAUGGCCGCGACUCCAGGGCCAGCAGGGUCAGCUUCCUCUACAACAGUUUCUGUCGCUCCACUGUCCAAAAAACACCGCAUUUCAUCCCGGAGUUCGCCGACAGAAAAGCAAGCUUCUAGCACGUCGAGCACAGCAGCAGGACCCCAAGCCGCUUCGUCUUCUUCUAAAUCUGCACAGCAGCCUGCUGUAACUACAACAGCGGUAGAUAACAGCAAGACCAGCUCUACUGGUGCGUCGUUUACCUCUUUUGCUUUCAAGCCGGAGAGACGAAAAAGCUCGAAGGAAAGGGUUGUCGUUGUGACGCAAAAUUUAAAUUAUAACCCACCGCUGCAGCAUCACAGCACGAAUUCCGAACUUGAAGAUGACGAAGGGUUCACAAAAGUGGUGAAGAAAAAGAAGCAAAAGAAGGAACAGAAGGAUAGGGAACAAAAUACCAUUCAGGGUAACGAGGAUAGAAGCAAUAAAGUACUAGCUCCUCACGCAGGAACUGCAACUGCAGGAGAAGCGGAAGAUGAAGAGGAGGAACAAGAGCAAGAGCGGUUAAUAACCCCCGAGCCUUCUACUUCCAGCAGUAAGAGCAAGAAAGCUGGUUCUGAAAAAGCUCAAGAUAUAUUGAACAAGCCGGGCGUGGUUAAUAUGAAGUCCUCUGCAAUGAAGUCAAGUGCAACGAAACAAAACUCGGCUUCCGCUUCCAGUCUGGAUCAAAGGGCCGCGACUUCAUCUGCCCCCGCUGGAGGAUCUUCUGCUUCGAAAUUGUCCAGCGCGUCUACUCCGAAUGUAUUGAAAGCCGUCGCCUCAGAUGGGAACGUGGUUAAGAAGUCAAAGUCCUCUAAAUCGUCAAGUGCGAAUGCGAAUCCGCCCCCCAGUCCGGCGCAGAUGAAUGUUCUUCCGCUAUUAGCGCCUGUGCAGGAACACCAACAGCCGUCGAACGAGAUAAGUUCAAAGUCCAAAUCUUCUACUUCGAAACGCGGAAAGAUUGAUCGCCAGACGAGCAGGGAGGAGGUGGUGGUGGAACAUGUAGAUAGCACGACCACUUCCCGCGUUGAGACGGGUAGUACUAACAAAAAGGUGGUCAACGUAGUUGUGCAGCAGAAGGAGACGAACUACAGCAGAACAAAAGCAGGCAGCUCGAGCGCGAGGGAACAGAGGGAACUACAAGCGGCCCAGAACUUCUCUAGCAAGAGCAAAGCCGGUCCGUCAGCAUCAUCAUCGUCUGCGACUAGUACUUCCAAAGCGACGAGUUCGAAAAUGAGCAAGCGUACCAAAAUUGCUAUGCAACAACGAGAACAUCAACAAGCUCCGGAGGAGUUGGAAGACCACGAAGACUUUCAAUCUGCAAGCAGCUCCUCCUCCGUAGAAGAAGAUGAAAUCGAAAACCGAAAGGACGACCAAGACCACCACUCCAGCCAGGAACCUAGUUCUGGCCCGGAGGAUCGUGUCGACGAUGGAGAUGAAUCGUCAGCACAUCACGACGACGAACACCAGGAAACCAGCAGUCACUUCGCCUCUGAGGCGGACCACGACCUCGAUUCGCAAUCCCACUCCCUAUCCCACUCCCCGAGGUCACUGCACGGUGCAACGGCGGAUCUGUCGCAGAUUUCGGAAGAAGACUCUGCAGGUCACCAGGAGGAGGACAGUGAGGACGGGACAACGAGGAAUGAUAUGAGUGCGCGACAAGAUCAAGAUGACCGAGACAGCACAAGAUUUGUUGCACAACAAGAGCAGCACUACAAUUCCUCCCGUCACACCUCCACCUCCCCCGCUGCAUCCUCCGCCAGGACCAGCGAAGAAGAGGACUCCACCCCCGUUGCGGUGGCAGUGGUGACAGGUACAGCAUUGAAGCCGCGACGGGAAAGACUCGCUGCGCCGGCAGCUGUUGUCCAGACUGGGACCACAGGAGCAGCCGCAGCUUCUUCUUCGUCAAAAAGCUCAAGGCAGCAGAGAGACAACGUCAACUCGAAAGCUAGUGCUAGUACAACUUCCGCGAUAAUAAAGACGCCAAAGGACCAACUUACAACCAUAACGGGGGGUCUACUCAUCGGCUUCAGAACUUUUUGAAAACUUUUCGAAAACUUUUGAAAACAGAGAAAAGCGAUGACGCGAAACCACCAAGGUCCGACGCCCUUUUUUGGCGGCGUGCCGUCGUGUUUCGUGGUCAUAUAUGCUGACCGAUAAAAGGCGCGCGCGCUGCCGUCGGUCACACGUGAACCACGGGCGGAAUACUCUCCGCAGACUUGUAAUCUCUUGCGCGCUUGAACAGCGUCGCGCGCCGCCCAAACUGGGCCGCGUCCUUGAUAUAUGUAGUCACGCAUGACAAGGCUUUGAUCCACCCCUUCGCGUUUCGCCUAGGGACAAACGCACUCGGUUGGCCGUGCUGUUUAUUUGACCGCGGGACAAACGCACUUGGGUGGCCACCCCCCCACCCGGGGCCAGCCCUCCUCCUUUUCGCCUGGCAGGGUCUAGGGUUUAGGGCUUGGCCCUCCUCCUUUUCGCAGGGCUUGGGUUUUGGUUUAGGGUUUGGGGCUUAGGGCCUAGGGCCUCGGUUCUCAGGCGCAGCGCGCCGGCCUUGAGAGGCGUGUCUGGAGAGGUCCAGGGGGUGCGCCCCUGCGCCGCGUUGCGUACGUUUGUAAACUCCACAAGAAAAAGCGGCGCAGCCGAAGAAGCAAGCUCUGACUUCUGUUACCUUUUUGGCGCCUGUGCUGACCCCAGGCACGGCGGCACGCCGCCAGAAAGGAGCGAGAAUGCUGAGUCUUCAAAAAGUACAAAAGAAGCGCUACCCAGACACGAAGCAGGGUGGCACUGCCUGCGAAAUAGGCAAAGCUCACGGCUCAGGUUUUGUAGUCUUUUUGGCGCCGUGCCGUCGCGUUUCGUGGUCAUAUACGCUGACCGAUAAAAGGCGCGCGCGCUGCCGUCGGUCACACGUGAAUCGCGGGCGGAAUCCCCUCAGCAGAUUUUUAAUUUAUUACGCGUUUGAACGGCGUGCCGUCCUGUUUCGUGAUAGGUUUGGACCCCGGAGCCGGGGCGAAAAGUUGUAUACUUUACAUGCGACGAAUAACGUGGGCGGUAACGUUAUCCACGGCGGCACCGCGUAGGCAAAAAAGCGCGCUUUUUCAACUUUUGCUCGAAUUCUGAGGCAAAACACGACCUGAGCGCCCAUUUUGAAAAGUUUUUUUUUUGCACUUUUGGGCUAUAUGUGAAAAACCAAAACCGAUGGCAUGAUGCCGCUUUUCUGGUCCUCGAAAAAACGAAUCCCGAGCUAAUUCCCGAAAAAAAAAACUUUUAAAAAACUUUUUAAAAACUUUCUUUUGGGGCACCAAAAUCGUGCCGGUUUCAAGCAGAAUCCGCCGCGGGGAGCUUCAAGAAGGGAGGCCAGAAAAAAAGUUUUUUCGGGGUUUUUUCGGGCUCGUUUCGGGCUCACCGAAAUAGCACAGCAAAAAAGUCGCACUUUUUGGCCUCCGCCGUACCACCGUGCCAAAGUCAGCAUUGCUCCAGCGCCGAUGGUAUGCUGGUGGUGUUUUUUUGUUAUGUUUUGCCAAUGCCGGCGCUUUUGCGUCUGAGUCAAGCUUUUGGGUUUUUUGGUAGUGCAAAUAGCUUGGGCGAUGACGGAAAAGCUAGAAGUUGAGUUUAGUGCUAGACUCUGGAAGAGCUGGAGUCGGAGUAUGAUACUGGAUCACGGGGCAUCGCUACACUUAUUUCUCGGCUUGAUUUCGUGAUCAUAGGUUUGGACCCGGAGCCGGGGUGGGCAACUGUAUACUUUUUUACAUGCGAAGAAUACCGCUGGCGGUAGCAUUAUCUAUGCACGGCGGCGCGGCGUAGGGUAAAACGCGCGAGCUCUCGACUUUUGCUCAAAUUCUGAGGCAAGGCGCGACCUUUGCGCCCAUUUCAAAAAGUUUGCUUUGCGCUUUUUCGCUAUAUCUGGAAAAUCAGAAGAAACCGACAGCAUGGCGCCACUUUCCUGACCUUCAAAAAAAAACUCCCGAGCUGAUUCUGGAAAAAAAAACUGCUGGAAAACUUUCCAAAAGCUUGCACAUGGGGCACCAAAACGGUGCCGGAUUCAAGCAGAAGCAGCAGCGGGGAGCUUCGGGAAGGGCGGCCAGAUAAAAAGUUUUUUCGGGUUCGUUUCGGGCUCACCGAGGUAGCACUGUAAGAGCUUGCAUUUUUUGGCCUCCACCAUACCGCCGUGCCAAAAUCAGCACUGUUCCGGCGCCGCUGUUAAUUAUGUUGGUGGUGUUUUUUGUUAUGUUUCGCCAAUGCCGGCACUUUUGCGAUGGAGGGGGUUCGCUGAGUCAAGCUGUUGGGGUUUUUGAUGUUUGGUCUCCCUCUUUGAUACUACGAACAGAAAGCAAACCUUUUCGGUCUUUUGCCUUGACCAGGAAGCCCGCCGGUGUUGCAGGCUGAGCCACCAAGCUCGGCGCUGCCUCAACCUUCUCAGGUUCGGGCGUUUUUCACUGUGGCGGAGUGCGCAAACUGGGCACCCACGAAAAGCGCGGGACCCCAUCGGUCACACUGGAACCGCGAUGGCAUGCUGGGGCUCGAUCUCGUGUUGGCCGUGCAGUCAUUGGCCACGAAGUUGCGCGGCAGCUUCUUUGACGAGCAGGCCGGCGGGAAAUUCAAAGUCUUCGAAAAGUUUUUGAAAAGUUCUGCAAAGUUUAGCACAGACCCCCCGUUAUGGUUGUAACCAACAGCAAACAGACACAGUAGCAACGACCCUUGCUGACGGUGCAUCAAGUAGGCAACGGAGUAAGAAGAGCGAGAAAGAAAACAAAACUGAUCUUCGCGACUUGGGUGUAGCUGCUCCAAGCACGGAAAAGAGAAAAAAGUCGGAGAUAGCAGCUGCCGUGUCCGCGAGCGCGACUACUACAGCCGGGAGCAGGCGCACAAAGGACUCU